ACCUUCUCAUCCUUCACACAGUGAGGAAGACACAUUUGUCGUCUUUCAUUGUCUUAGACACCAGCACAGAAGCUGCUGACAAUCCUUUCUAUCGCUCAACUGCAGCAAUGAGUCGGUCGUGCGGUCUGGCGCCGGUGAUCUUGGUCCUGAUUCUCACUGUGACGGGGACACAGGCGCAAUGCACUGAGCGAGAACUCAAUACAUUGUUCCUAUGUAUUGUACCUUACAAUGAUAAGUUCUUGCAGACGAUUGGAACUGGAGAUUCAUGCAACCGAACUCUUAUCUCUGAGGACCUGUGCAAUGACUUUGCCGCCAUUGUGAACUGUACCAACCAGAAAGACGUUUCCAGAACAACAUGUCGGCCACACGCUGUGGAACAGAUAAAUCCAAAUAUGGAAAUUCCUUGUAAAAUCCCUGACUUUGAAAAUGUGUGCAAGAAAGCACCAGCAAUCGACAAAGGAGGUAAUACCGGAGGAGGAGCUUCAGGUGUUGGCAUCUUGCGGGGGCAUCUGGGAGUGGUCAUUAUUGUAUCCCUGAUAGCACAUAUGUAGCGGUCAGUGCGGGGAAGAACUCAGGGAAUCUCACUGCAAUGAUUUCCCCUGCCACAGCCACCCCUAUUUCACGGACCCUCUUUUAUACCCACUCGUAACCGCACCCCUAAAAAGGAAGCAGCCACAGAUCAGAGACAAUAGAGACAAUGAUUCAUCUUGUUCACAGAACAAUCGUGACAUGCGAGAUUCAGAGUUGAAAACCACCGACGUAUUAAUGAGCUUCAACAUUCUUUCAUUCUCUUCCUUUUGUCUCUCGUUUAAACUUUAGAAUUAGUGACUAAAGGAGACUACAUGUCCCCAAGUAUUGUAGUAAACACUUUUGAGACCAGUA